UUUUCGAGGAACGAAACGGCCGCAACGUUGGCAAUCGCGGAGAGGAGUUUUGCAUUGAGAGCGGACCAAGACAACGGUCGGACCACCGGAACUGAAAAUGUCUUUGAUCUGAACCAAACAUUCGACACAGCAAACUCAAAGUGUCUUAAACCCGGAAGCUUGGGAGACAGGUCCGCUCUGAUCUACUGUGUGGAUGAGAAACAUCUCCAACGAAUAACCAAGGUUUAAUCGGCGGCUGAUAUUUGCGCCAUGAAUCCGUCCAAUCCGUUUGGCAGUCCACAAGGUGGAGCUUUCCAAGCCCCAAGCAACACCAUGAAGACUGGCUUGUUUCAACCAUUUGGACAGCAAAGUUCCAACAAUCAGCCACAGACUAUGGGUUUUUUUCACUCAUCAGCGUUUGGACAGCCGUCACUCUUAAAUCAGCCGUCUCUCUUAAAUCAGCCCUCACCUCACGGAAACACCAUGUUUGGACAGGCCCCAGCCUUUGGACAGUCGUCUGCACAGCCUCCCUUGCUUCCUACAAUGAGACAAGCUCCAGCGUUUGGACAACUUUCAGCAGGAAUGAGUAGCUCAGGGUUCGGGAGAGGCACAGGACCAGCUUUCGGUCAGACUAGUGGACCGAACCAGAGUUCAGUCUUUGGGCAGACACCUGCAUUCGGUCAGACUUCUGCAUUUGGGCAGGCACCAGGAUUUACCCAACAGGCCCUAGGGUUUGGCCAACAGCCCUCUGGAUUUGGAAAGUCCCAGAUGGCUUCUGGAUCCACCUAUGCCUUAGGGCAACCUCAGCCACUUCCAUUUGGACAGUCUGCGUUUGGACAGCCAUCGUCGACCAUUGUCACCACCACUGUAUUUGGCACAGGUCAGAGUGUGACCCAGAGCAAAGAAUUUGGUACUUCUGAAUUCAGUUUCAAGCCGGCCAAUGAGGCACUUUUCAAACCCAUCUUCAGUGCCAGCCCUGAGCCUACCAACCCUCAAACUACAUCCAUGUCCAGCUCACCGUUUGGUGGUAGUGGGAAUCAGACACACUCCAGUAUCACGACCACUGGCUUCUCUCUGUUGACCAAUGCUAAGUCUGGGCCACUGGGCUUCAGCUUCUCACAGCCAGCUGCAGCCGCCUCUAUCUCUGCUCAAAACAAUCCACUAACAACUAACAGUAGCAGCGGUCCUACAAACACUCCGCAGUUCACCUUUUCCCAGCCAGCCCCUCCUUCCAGCUCAAGCACCAUUAAGGAAGCCACCACACAGCCCACAACCCCAUCUUGUUUUAGCUUUUCAGUUACGGCCCCCCAGACCAAGACAACAACCCUUUUUGGCGGAACCAGUUUUGGUCAGUGCUCAGCCUUUGGUGACACCAAAGGCCAAACAGAGGCCAGCACAGAUGAAAAAAGGAACAAUCUUGAGACCCUAGGGGAUACGGAUGUAUUUGCAAGAUUUAGCAAAGGCACCAAGCGCAAGGAGGAUCCAGUGGUAGCCAGCACAGAGAAGCCUGCCACUGAGGAGGAUGUUCCAGCAGAAUCAGAUUCACCAAGACACCCCUCAAAGAGGCCCCUAAUGAGGUCCCAGGGCCCUCCGAGAGGCUUAUUCGGUAGGGCACUAAGUGGUCUUCGUAGAGAGGGCACUUACCCAGUAAGGCAAGAGGCCACAAAGGAGACCCCGCACCAGGCAGUGAAGUGGGAGGAGACGGAGAAGGAAGAUGUCCAAGGUCAGGAUGACAACCUGGCUUCUACACCACCCACUGUACAAGCCCUCACCAGAGAUGUGCUGGAAAAAGCUGAGGAGUCAGAUUCAGCAAAAGCCGCUGACCCGCAGCUCGAAGCCGUCACCCCUGUGAAACGUGGCAUCCGUAGGGAGAGCUCGGAGAGCCUCGGCGGCAUGUCUCCGACUGACUGCACCUCCAUCCAGUGCAGGAAUGUUCCUCCAGGCCUCAACAAAAAGGACACAAUCGAGAAGCACUUUGCUCGGUUCGGCAGAGUAUCUAAGGUGUUUUGUCGGCCUGGCAAGAACCUGGCCUUUGUACACUUUGAUGACCACGCAUCUGCAGCAAAGGCCAAGAAGAAAGGCAAAGUCCUGCAUCGACAUGAACUCCUGAUCUUGUGGCAGAGAAAGAAGCAGAGUCCAGAGGAGAAGGGAAGCAGACCUGCAGCAAAAAAAGCAGAGGCAGAAAGCAUGAAGGACCCAGAAUCCAGGGCUGCUUCCUCCCCUUUCAGAAGAACUCAACUCAGAGCUCCCGCAGUCAGCAGCAGCAUGGCCUUCAGCCACAGCUCUCCAGUGAAAAAGACAACAUCUGCCAAGUCUCUGCAGUUAGACGCUGAAUUCCAGAGACAGAGCAGCACAGAGUCCCAGAGCACAGAGCACCCUUUCCCGUCUUCCCUCCUCCCCCUCAUUGGCCAGUUGGCAGAGAACGCCGAGGACAAGUACCGCCUCCUGGAGCAGAGAGACAAGAUCCUACGUCAAGGUCGGCCCAAGCGAACGGACCUGGACCUGUCUAAGGUGUUUGUGGGGACGUGUCCUGACAUGUGUCCAGAGAAGGAGCGGUACAUGAGAGAGACACGGAACCAGCUCAGCAUAUUCGAGGUCAUUCCAGACACCGAGAUGGUGGAUCACAGGGCAGCCAUCAAGGAAUACAGUCGCUCAUCAGCCGACCAGGAGGAGCCCCUGCCACAUGAGUUGCGCCCCCUGCCUGUGCUCAGCAUGACCAUGGACUAUCUGGUGACUCAGAUCUUGGACCAGGGCCAUGACAACUACCGCGACUGGUAUGACUUUGUCUGGAACAGGACCCGUGGGAUCCGUAAGGACAUCACCCAGCAGCACCUGUGCUGCCCACACACAGUGUCUCUGAUUGAAAAGUGCACACGCUUCCACGUGCACUGUGCCCACCACCUCUGUGAGGAGCAUAUGUCAUCAUUCGACUCCAAGAUCAACAACGAGAACAUGACAAAGUGCCUGCAGAGUCUCAAAGAAAUGUACCAGGACCUGGCUACACGUCAAACCUACUGCCCCCGGGAGGCAGAGUUCCGCCAGUACAGCGUGCUGCUGAGGCUUAACGAUGGUGACAUCCUGCGCGAGGUGCAGCAAUUCCGUGAUGAUGUGCGUAACUCGCCUGAAGUGAAAUUUGCAGUUCAUGCAUUCGCUGCAGUCAACAGCAACAACUUUGUGCGCUUCUUCAAGCUGGUGAAAGGAGCCUCCUACCUCGCCAGUUGCCUCCUCCACAGAUACUUCAAUCAGGUAAGAGCUAAGGCCUUGAAGACCCUGAACAUCGCCCACACCGUGGGUCCGCGGUCGACUGCGUUUCCAAUUGAGGACAUAACUCGGAUGUUGAUGAUCCGCAACACUGCAGAAGCGACUGACUUCAUCCAGCAGUAUGGCCUUAAUGUCAGUGAUGGUAUGGUUGAGCUGAGUCGGACAUCAUAUCAGGAGCCCGAGCUGCCUCUGUCCCAGAAGAAAUCUGAGGCCAUCCUCGCAAAGAAAAUGGUGUUGAUUGGUGAGGUGGUGAACGGAGGCCUGCUCCCUAACCCUCCCCAGCACACCCCUGUCUGCAGCUUUGACUACCAUAACAAGUUCCGCGGAGAGGCCCCUCAGGCUGAGACUGCUUCAAGCCACUUCAGAGCUCUUGCUGCCAAUCUGGAGGUUAAGGCAUCACCCAGCGUUGAGUCUCCGCCACAGGUCGCGUCACUUCUGGACACCCCCUCUGAGUUUGGGCUGCCUCCAGCUGUUACAGAUGAGCCGGGCGAAUCGCAUUACGGCUCAGCCCAGCCAGCAAACAGCCAGCAGCCUUUCCAGCCGAUACCUCAACCUCAGCCUGUCAAAUCAACGUCUCCUCCGCCCAUACCUCGGCCAGUGUACAGCAACGAGGACAUAAUGGCUGAACUAGACGUUGUGAUUGAAGAGGUGGUCACAGCAGCAGUGAGGGAGAUAGCCGAUGUUGGUGCCUGCUACGCCACAAUAGCUCUUGUUGAAAGCAGCAUGCAGGUAGCCUCAUUGGUGAGUGAGGUGUUGGGACAGAUGCUGCAGGAGGUGUCCUCCACAGAGAUCCAUGUGGAACAGGAGCGUGUUGCUGAAGAGAAACACAAGCUUGAAGAAGCCAGGAGGAAGCAGGAGCACGAGGCUUUCCUGACCCAGUUCAGCUUCUCUUUUUGCACGGAAAUCAUCUAUGAAGUUUUAGAUGAGACCAUCAAGGAAACCUGCACCUCUGAGAUCCAGCAGUCAGUGAAUGAGAAAGCAGAGCGUGUUGCUAAAUGCACGGAGCAGGUCUGCACCAGUCUAGUUGAAGAGACGCUGAAAGCAGAUAUUGCUCUGAUGGUUGAAGAAAUCCUUGACGUUGAGCUCCAGCGUAUCCACAAUUACAUCAAAAGGUGGCGUGAUGUGGUCGCAGUCCGUCGGCAGCUGAAGAGACAGAUGAGGGGUUUCCCAGCAGCUCCUUGCUGUGUGGACCCUCGAUUCAAGCUCAAGGCUCUGGCUCCCAGUGCACCUGCACCGCCCCCCAUGUCAGACCUGGCCCGAGGUCUGGUCAACCUGGGUAAUGCCGGCACCCUAGCCCUCUCUAGCACCAGGUUGUUAAAAAUGAGGCAAGAAGCAAUCCACCAGAUGAGAGUCCACUACUACUAUCAACAGCUGCUUGAUGAGAUCGUGUGGGCGCCGCUCGACUUGCCGGCGCUGGUGGCAGAUACCUUCCCUGAUGCACCUGAGCGAAUCUUCUGGAAACUUGCUCUCCUCUUACCCAGCGACCACGAGAGUGUAGCCAGCCUGGCAGACAGGAUUCUGUCAGACUGGCUGGAGGUGAAACUUGGUGGAGACAAGGCGUCGGAGGUGGAGGAGGAGCAGCAGCCGGUUGGCACACUGCAGAACCUGUGUGUCAUCAACACACUGCAGGAGAAAGGACAACACACUCACAAAGUCCACAUCAGCGUCAAGGCUUCCCGAGGUCCACUGACUGAAGACGGCUUGUCUAAAAUGGAGGAGAGCUGUAAGCUCCAUGGGACAGGGGCUCUGAUCAUUUUGCUCCCUGCCAUGGAGCCAGGGCCCGACGAGAAGGAUGUCCCUCUGCUGUCAGCGUUGCUUCAGCUAAAACAGCUACAGCAAGCCAGCACCUGGCACUGCCCACUGCCCCUGGUCCUUCUGGUGCCAGGACCUGAGGGUGGCGAUGGUGAAACACAGAAACUUGAAGAAGCCCUGAUGCUACACACACUGGUCAAGGAAGGCUUGAUAUCAGAGUACACAUUCUUCUUCAUACCAGAGACCACAAGUGACAUCCAGGGAUCUCAACAGCUAAGCCACGCCAUGCGUUGGCUGCUGGCCCGUGCUCCACCAUCCUUCCCCCUCUCCUGCCAGACCCUGGUGCAGCUUGUAGAGGCCAGUUUGAGUUGUGAGUUUACUCCCAGAGUUCACGGCCAUCGGCAGGAACGAGCAACCGCACAUCUUCCUUCCCAGGACCCCACUCCUGUCAUCCAACUGUACAACGCUAUCCUGGCUCACAUUGCUGACACAGUGUCGUCCCAGGAUCUCUGCAAAUUCUCAUGGCCGCCAGGCGAGUUCUGCCUGCCUGAGACCCAAGACUUUGUUCCUCAUCUGGGCUGGAACUCGGCUCAGCACCUGGCCUGGUUACGUAAAGCCAUCCUCAGCUUGCAGCUGCCACAGUGGGAGCAGCUUUCUGCCACCGACUCAUGGUCUGAACUCUGCUCCUCCAUCUUUUGUUACGCGGCUCAGAUCCCAGUCUCACGUCACAGUCAGCCUCUUCUAAUGUCCAGACUGGAAAACCUUCUGGAAAGGGUUAGGCUAAAGGGUCACUGUACCUGGACCCCCAGAUCCAAGGUAACCAAUGGAAGCUGGGACAAUGGAGAUGAGAGUGCUUUUCCAGUCUAUAGUCAGAUCCCUUGGGAUGGCGUGCUGGUGAUUUGCAUAGACCACAAGCUGAAAGACUGGCAGAUACCUGGACCGCUUGCCUGUGAAGACGCUGUGACAGAGGAUGGGGAGAUCCUGGUUUACUGCCCCUCAAAGGCCAUGAAGGAUUUCCAGCCUCCUGAAGGAUGGACCAGGGCCAUUAGACAGACACACAGGGAGAAGCAGCAGCAGGAAGAGAGAGGGGCAAGUGCAGCUGCCUGUGCCACACCCUCCAGUCUGUCCCUGAGACAGAGGUUGUUCCACAGUUUGGCUGAGCCAUUCGAGGCCUCUGCGGCCCCACAGGACAUCACACACAUUCCCACAACACAAGAGCUGCUGGCCCACAAAGUCCUCCAGAAUUUAGAGAAGGAGAAGGCAGAGAGCAAAAGGAGCAUGGAGCAGCUUCAACGUUGGCUGGAUGGUGACCCCUUGGACCACUUGUCCACACCUCUCUUCAUUCCAUCCUCCAUGCUGUUGUCCAUGCCCAAAACCAUAAUUCACUCCCCCAAAGCCAAGAUUAGAGAUGCCACACUUGCGCAGGAACCUGACGACCUGUCAAAGAAAGCAGACUGGCCUAAAACCAGUCCUGUGUCUAUGGCAUGGCGAAUGAAGGAACUCAAGCGACAGAUACUUGCAAGCCAAGAGGAAGAGCUGGCCUGUAGUCUGAAGCUGAGUGGUCUGCUGAACAUUGUCGAUGAGUGAUGGACUGUUGCUGCGCAGUUUUUUUCAGAAAUUUGUUUGCAGCUUUGUUUGAAUACUUAGGACAGACAAGCCUUUUGUCUCCAAUGAGAGACUACUUUGAUGUAUUUGCUGAGCUCUAGCUGAAUCUAUGUCAAAAUUAGUUCACUCUGUUGUGAUUUAUUUUAGUCUGUUGAGAUGAGAUGCACUGAUUGGAACCAUGCAUGUCUUGUUUUUAAGUUCUGAGAAGAAAAUCAAGAUUUUUAUAUUUGGUAUAAUUUUGAUCGUGUGUAAGAACAAAUGCAGCAUUUAACUGUUUUUUCGAUGAGAUGCUGAUUCCCAGUGUAAAAAAUCUCUACCUAAGCUGUUGUUUGCUGCUGUGUUUGAACCUAUUUUUAUAUAAUAAUAAAUUUAAUGACAUAUUAA